CCAAAAAAAAACAAUCCAGACCUUCUCUUAUUAUUAUUCCUUCAUUCAUUCGUAUCUCUCUCUUUAUUUAUAUAUCUCGUCGAUUGAAUAUUAACAACAGUUAAUAACUACAAAAGAUCAAUCGAGAUGAGGCGAAACUGCAAUCUUGAACUCCGCCUUUUUCCCUUCUCCGAUCCCGAUGACCACCUCCAGCAUCCGUCAUCGAUGGAGGAUUUUUCAAACAAAAGCCCACGCCAAGAAGGCCAGCAGCAGCAGCAGCUAACUAUUUUCUACAAUGGCAACGUUUGCGUUUGUGAUGUUACAGAAUUUCAGGCUAGAGCAAUCCUGCUGUUAGCAAGUAAAGAAAUGGAGCAUAAACCAAGAAGAUCACCAUCAGGAUCGUCGUCAGAACCUGCAUCACCAACGUUGCCAUCUCCGAUUUACAGCCCGAAUAACGGUCUAUCAAUGAAGAGGUCAUUGCAGCGGUUUCUUCAGAAGCGAAACCAUCGGAUCCAAGCUACAUGCCCUUACAGCAUUAAUCGGCGAAUAACACCGUUGAUUAAUUAAUUGUAUGCGGUGGAGAUUGAUCCACCUGCAGAGAUAUGAGAUAUAAAAGUAAUGAUUCUUUAAAAUUAAUCA